AUGGCUCCUAUGACUUCCCCGCCCGCAAGCCGCAUUGAGUGCUUCAACCAAGGACUACCAGUUCUCGGUGUAGAUACUACGACCUACAAGAGCGUGAAGCCGUCCAGCGAAUCAACCAGCAAGGCAAAGCCACCUCUGAUACUGCGCCAUGUCCCUUCCAAGCACUUUUGGGACUUAGCGGACAACACUCUUCGAGCGCCUACAUUCACCAACCACCGUCAAAGCAAUAACCCUAUUGCUACUACUUUCUCAAAGCUUCCGCUUGAGAGUGAAAGCGACGUCGUUUACGCCUCGUUGCUGUACGCUAUUUCCCCCAUUAUGGAGAUCCUCCAGGUCUUGUACCCCGAUCAAUGGACCAUGUACACCGAACUCAACGACAGGGGGGAGAUCCUAGAAAAUCCGGGCACAAACGGAACAGAGGCGGUAGUACGUUAUGAUUUGAUCUUCAAAACUACUGCGGGACACCUCAAUCCAGGCAAGACCAUCGCCAUGAUCGAAUACAAGCGCCGAGGACUCAUCCGCUAUGACGAUUUCAUGGAGGUCAUAGUCUCCGAUGACGCACUGCCUGCUGAAAUCAACAAAGUCAAGAUCGAUAGCCAGAAUCGGAGCAGAAGUCUAAAGACGAACGGAAUGUCCUACAGUAAACAAGUGUGUCGAUAUGCGCAGACCUCAAAGUGUAAGCACGUGGCUCUCUUCAACUGGCAGCAUUUGGUUCUCUUCGACUUCCAUCGCCUGAACUCUGGUACAGAUAAGGCCAAUCGCAACAAGGGGGAAUCAUUUACGGCUGGAGACGAAGCGAAGAUGUCCUGGGUAUAUGAACGGGGCGCGAGGGAAGGUGUUAUGGAGCCGGGUUCUAUCCGGAAGGCAUUGCUGGGUUGGCUACUGCAAGCUUUCAAUGACUGCGGGAGCCAAUAG